GGAUCCGCCAGACCUCAACCUCCCCCAUCACCGGCUCAGCCGCUGCUGAAAGCUCCAGCUCAGGGAGGAGUCGCUGGUACAUACGAUCCAAACUAUCAGACGCUGGCAGGCGUGCAAGGCGACGUUUUUGGCGCGGAUAAGAAGAAACCUGCUCCAAACGCUGCUGCUCCUGCUGCUGCUGGACCUCAGAAGCCAGCCGUUGGAAACAUUAUGGCAGGAACAUACGAUCCAAACUAUCAGACCCUUGCUGGAGUUCAAGGUGAUGUAUUUGGACCAGAUAAGAAGAAAGCCGCUCCUCCAGCUGCUCCAACACCUCAGAAGCCAGCCGUUGGAGGCAUGGCAGGAACGUACGAUCCCAAUUAUCAGACUCUUGCUGGAAUGAAUGCAGACGUAUUCGGUGCAGACAAGAAAAAAUGA